AUGAAGCAGCAGCUGCUGCUGCUCCUUUGGGCACUUGAGGUGUUCUGUUUCUCGUAUGAUGAUGACGACACUUGCACGAGGGUGUGUGGAAGCCGACCACUAGCCAUCAGCCAUGGCAAUUUGUUGAGGAUCGUGGGCGGGACCGAUACGCUGCCGGGGACGUGGCCCUGGGCGGUCAGCUUCCAGUUCCCGACGCGGGAGGGCUUCCGCCACUUCUGCGCCGGCUCCCUGAUCAACUCUCGCUGGGUUGUUUCGACAGCGCGAUGCUUCAUCAUUCAAAAGUACCUAAAAGUGGAGUACUUCAGAGUGCAAAUUGGGGCCACCCAGCGCUCCAAACCUGGGCCUGAUUCCCAGAACCGUGUCAUCAAGAGACUGGUCGACCACGCUCAGUUUAACCCCGACUACAACUUGAAUAACAUUGCCUUGAUAGAGCUGGACAAACCUGUGGUUUGCAACGAUUAUGUCCAGCCAGCCUGCUUGCCAGAUGAGGAUCUGGACAUAGACACACUCACCCACUGCUAUAUCUGUGGCUGGGGUAUCACGAACAUAAAGAGGGGUGCCAAAUAUUCGGACAUCCUACAAGAGGCCCAAGUGUCGCUGAUAACCAGAGAUGCGUGCAACAGCACUAUUCAGUAUUUCAUGCGCAUUAAAGAGGAACACCUCUGUGCCAUAUCCGAGGAAGCCACUAUGGACAGCUGCCGGGGUGAUGGUGGUGGCCCCCUCAUGUGCAGGACAUCCCAUUCUGAGCGCUUCUGGCUGAUCGGUCUCAACAGCUGGGGCAGGGGCUGCUCCAGCGGAAAAGUGCCCGGCGUCUUCACUUUCACUAAGUCAUUCCUCCCCUGGAUCAGGAAUACGAUGGAGAACCCCCCUAUGUCUGCACUUUCCCCACCAUUCAGACCA